UUAAGAGAGCUCUCCAUCCAUCUGAGCUUCCAUCAUUUUCCAAAAACUUCAUCUCACAGCUCAAAGUUUCAAACCAGAAACAACAAAUUAACCCAAGUAACCGAACCAAACAUGCAAAGGCCGGCCUCCCCAACUGUCGAGCUCGAUUUUUUGGGAGUUGGGACGACGAUGGUCAUGGAUCACCACCACCCCAACCAGCGGAGUACUGGCGGUGACACCUUCACCACGGCCUUGCCCAAAUCUCCCUUCCAGAAGUUCCUCGAACGCGGGAGAAGCUUCCGAGGAAUCCAGGCCCGAGAAAUGACUCCGAAUCUUCUCAGUUCCGAGGUUCUGAAAUCCAUGAUUGCAACCAGGAAAUCCGUGGCUGCGACUCCGGACAAAGCCCCUGAAUUACCAAAAGGAAAGCCUAUGACCAUUUUCUACGGCGGCAGCGUCUCUGUUUUCGACGUUACUCCGGACAAGUUUGAGAGCAUAAUGAAGCUUGCCAUGGAAGAGAAAAUUAAAGCUGCUAGAGCUGCUUACCGUCCUCAGGAGCCAAAACAACCAAAGCUGGUGAAUGUUGAGGAUCCUCUCAACGAAGAUCUGCCAAUUGCUCGUAGAAAAUCACUUGAGAGAUUCUUGGAGAAGCGUAAAGAGAGGUUGAAUACGGUGUCUCCCUAUGGUUGUCACACCGACCUAUUAGGAGUCUAGGCCACGCCGGACGUGUUUCACGACCGAAAUAUGAUUAGAAAUAUGGAGAUGAAAUUGGAAUAGUAUUUUAGCAAUUUUUGUUUUUGUUUGAUGUGUGGAAGGGGCUUGAAGAAAGAGUAUUUCCCUCCUUGGCUAGGCUUUGUUUUUUGCCGUGAAUGCUGUACAAAAAGCUUUUUCACGUUUUAGUUAUUGGGGGGGG